AUGGCGGGUUCCGAGCUUUCUACUCCUGAAUUAUAUGCAGCAAGAUUAGUGGAUCCACAUAUAUGUAUGGGCAACAUUAGCUUUAUUUUAAGUUCAGACAUACUUGAUUUCCUUCUUGAGCACUCUGUCGAAGUAUAUCAAAAUGCAGAUUAUAAUCGUUUUCUCCAAGCUUUGAUGCCUGUUUUAACAAAAAUGCUGACAGACGAACAGCCCGUUUUCGAUAGCAAUUCCGAAGAACAG